UGACAAGAGGCGCGGCGCCUGAGGCCGGGCAGGGAAGGAGAAGUCCAGAAAGAGCCAGGAACCCGAGGGGCUUGAGGGAGCAGCGACGACGCGGUUCCGUAGGCCCCCAGCGGCCCCACUGCCGCCUCGGUAACUGUCAUGGCCUCCAAGCCACGUGACCCCGCCUCGUCGCAGGCCAGCUUUCCGGUCGCUCCGGCCCAGUAGCCCCGGCUCUGCGACGCCCUCCCCCCAUUCCCGCCGGCGGACUCGGACCUGGCCUUUCUUCCUUCGGAAAACUGCGGGACAGAUCCCGAGAAAGCCGACAAUAUCUGGAGAAAAUGACGCAUUGGUUUCAUAGGAACCCAUUAAAAGCCACAGCUCCUGUCUCCUUUAACUACUAUGGCGUGGCUACCAGUACUGCUGCUUCAAAAAUUUGCAGUGACUUGAGAUCAUCCAGAGCACGACUGCUUGAACUGUUCACUGAUUUGAGUUGUAAUCCAGAAAUGAUGAAGAAUGCAGCAGAUACCUAUUUUUCAUUUUUACAAGGUUUCAUAAAUUCACUGGAUGAAUCUACUCAAGAAAGCAAGUUAAGAUAUAUUCAAAAUUUCAAGUGGACUGAUACAUUACAAGGACAGGUUCCAAGUGCCCAGCAAGAUGCUGUUUUUGAAUUAAUUUCCAUGGGAUUUAAUGUAGCUUUAUGGUAUACCAAAUAUGCUUCAAGACUGGCUGGAAAAGAAAACAUAACAGAAGAUGAAGCAAAGGAAGUUCAUCGAAGCCUAAAAAUUGCAGCUGGGAUUUUUAAACAUUUAAAGGAAAGUCAUAUCCCAAAACUCAUUACGCCUGCAGAGAAGGGGCGGGACUUAGAAGCACGACUCAUAGACACCUAUGUUAUCCAGUGUCAGGCUGAAGCUCAAGAAGUAACAAUUGCUCGAGCAAUUGAACUAAAACAUGCUCCUGGCCUAAUCGCUGCAUUGGCAUAUGAAACGGCCAAUUUCUAUCAAAAAGCUGAUCAUACUUUAUCCAGUUUGGAGCCUGUGUACACUGCUAAAUGGAGGAAAUAUCUUCACUUGAAAAUGUGUUUCUACACAGCUUAUGCUUACUGUUAUCAUGGGCAGACUCUGUUGUCUAGUGAUAAGUGUGGUGAAGCAAUCAGGGCUCUCCAAGAAGCAGAAAAAUUUUAUGCAAAGGCAGAAGCAUUAUGCAAAGAAUAUGGAGAAACCAAAGGCCCUGGACCAACAGUCAAGCCUUCAGGGCACUUGUUCUUUAGGAAACUUGGAAAUCUUGUGAAGAACACCCUAGAAAAAUGUGAGAGAGAAAAUGGAUUCAUUUACUUUCAAAAAAUCCCAACAGAAGCCCCACAACUGGAACUCAAAGCAAAUUACGGUCUUGUAGAACCUGUACCUUUUGAGUUUCCUCCUGUGAAUGAACACUGGACACCAGAAACACUGGCUGCAUUUGAUCUCACCAAAAGACCCAAGGAUGACAGUACCAAACCCAAACCAGAAGAGGUGGUGAAACCUGUGAAAGAACCAGAUAUCAAGCCUCAAAAGGACACAGGGUGCUCCAUUUCCUAAAAUGCAUUACUACAGCAUGCACUUGGAAUUUCUCUGCUAGUAGAUGCUAGUAGAUAAGAUGAACCUUGGAACUUCAUAUUUCAUAUUUCAUAAAAUGAUUUCUCUGAAGCCUCUAUAUAGAAUAAUCAAGUACAUUUAGAGGGAAUCUGCCUUCAGUUUGUUUUCAUUCCAUGCUUUGUGUUCAGACUCUUUUUAUUCAGGAUAACACUUGAAAGACUAUUAUGGUGCCUCUUAAGGGUAUUUAUGGGGUUUGUUUUUUUCUCCAGACUCGGGGUAGUAAUAAAUUUCAAGUUAAUAUAGGUCAGAAUCAUGUGGUUUCAGGUAGGUUUUUCUGUCUUCACAAAAACUGUUUCUAUUUUUUGUUCUCUUAUUUGAUAGCAGAGAAUGACAGAAAAAAAGGGUUUUUAAGACAGUUUUUCCCUCUCCUCACUAUUAUGUUAAUUCUGAGUCCCUUAUCUUUUCUGGUGAAAAAAAGUCACUUAAGGGUCAGAAAAUCUUCAUUCUUUACAUAUGUUAGACUCCAGAAUUCCCUUAGAAAUGAGUGUUGAUAGGGAGGUUGUGACCAUUGAAAUGCUCUUUUUUGGUAGCUUUGCUCUUCAUUUCCAGCUCAGAGAUUUUCUACAAGUACCUUUUCUAAUGUUUUUUUUUUUUUUACCUAGAGGAUAGAACUUUCUAACAGCUCUUAGUGUUUCUAUGUGAGAACAGAGAAAGGAAGAAAAUGUUUUUGCAGAAGUCAAAUAUUGCAUGAUAUAAAGAAAAAAACUUUAAACAAGAUAGGUUGUCCUGAAUUACACUGGUAACACUACUUUGUCACAGAAGUUACAGUAAAAUGCCUUUGCUACCUGAUUUCAGCGUACAUUAUUUUUAUAUGAUUUUCUAAUACACGUUUUGAUUCAGAGUUGGUAUUGCUUUAGGCCAAAGGCUGUAGCAAAAACUUAGAAAACAUACAGUAUGAUUUUAAAAAUAGCUUGUAUUUGAAACCAUUAGUUCUAGUAUAAACACAAACUUGGGAAAUAGUGGAUGUAUAAUACUUUUACACAAGUUAUACAUCUUUAGGAUUAUCAUCUUUUGAUUAGUCAAAAGUGUUAGCUACCUUUCUCAUUCCUAUUAUAAAUGAGGGAUUGUUUAUCUUAAUAGGAAUGAUAAUAGUUAUUUUUGAGAGGUUUUAACGUGUCAGGCACUGUGCUGAACUCUCAACAUAGAGAAACCACUGAGUCCACGCAGCAGCCUUGGGAAAAAUUUGUAAAUCCACAUAAAGUGUUGAAAUAGGAAUAAGCAUUUCAUUAUGAAGAAUAGAUUAUGCCUAUCUGAAUCAAUAUUCUGUUCAAGUAAAUGAUAAUAAAUCAUAGUUUACACCUCUGAUAAAAAGCUACAUAGACUAAGAUUUUUUUAAAAAAUAUGUGAAAAUGCUAAUUACUCUUCACAAUAUAGCAUUUAAUAUUUAAAUCUGCAGCUUCCAGAAUAAGCGGAGUGAUAUCUGAACAUUUAUUUUGCUGUAUCCGAAAAAAAAAUUUAAGUUUAACUGUAUUUUGUGUGAUCAUUACUACAAAAUCAGUCAUUUGUUUACUCUAUGCCAUUUACUGACAAAACUUUAAACAGUACUUUGUGCCAGCUUAUUACUCUGACUAUAGGAUCUUUUUUUAGUUACUAGUGCUUAUUAACCUAGUUAACUAAAUUUUCACAUUGACAUUUUGUGGAUUUUGUGAUACCAUCUUAUCAGCAAUGGAAACAAUUGCUCAGUGCUUCUGUAAAAUGAGGUAAAUACUGGCAUUACUUUAAAUCAGUAAUUGGUAACUUUGACAUAAGCAGUAAUAUCCUCUUGACUCAGCAAAGGUGGAACUUUGCGACUUAAAUAUCCCAUUAUACAUAAUAUUUGAAAUGGUGUUGGAAAUUUUGGAAAGUUUACAAGUGUAAAGAGAUUGCAUGAGACUAGAGAUAACUAUUUGUGUUAACUUUUGUGUACAUUUCAUACUUAGACCCAUAAUGAGAGCUAACAUACUCUGCUAAAAGGUGUUUGUAUAAGGAAUUAUCUUUUUAUUUAUGAAAAUAAAGGUAUU